GGUGAUGAUAAACUCUAAUAAGGUAAUGGUGAGAGAAAGUCAUAGUUUAAUUAGUCGAUGAUUUGAGCCUACACUGAUUACUUCUCUCCUUCCCAAUCCAAACCCAACUGUGCAAACCGAUUUGAUUUGAAUCUUAUCACGAUAACCCGAUAAUCAUUCACCUCUUCCUCACCGUCCACAACUCUUCCGAGAUAGAACAUGGCAUCCAUUUCGAAUGGAAUCAAUUUGAGAUCAGGUGCUGCAGAUCUGGCCACUGCUAUAGUACCUUUGCUCAAGCUCCUCUGCUUAACCGUCAUCGGACUGCUUCUCGCCAACCCUACAAUGCAGUUCAUCCCAAGGGCCACAUUCAAACUCCUUAGCAAACUCGUCUUUGCUUUGUUCUUACCCUGCCUUAUAUUAACCGAGCUCGGCGAAACCAUUACUCUUCAAAAUUUCAUUGAUUGGUGGUUCAUCCCGGUUAAUGUUCUCGUAAGUACCGCUCUCGGCUGCUUACUAGGAUUCUUCGUGGUUCUUAUAUGUCGCCCGCCACCACAGCUAAGGCGAUUCACUGUUAUCAUGACAGGGUUUGGUAACACCGGGAAUCUUCCCCUUGCUGUUGUUGGUUCUGUUUGUCAUACUAAGGAUAAUCCGUUUGGGAAACAGUGUAAUACGAGAGGUGUUGCUUAUGUCUCGUUCGCUCAAUGGGUUGCUGUUAUACUUGUUUAUACUCUUGUUUAUCAUAUGAUGGAGCCUCCUAUGGAGUAUUAUGAGAUCGUUGAGGAAGGGGCUGAAAUUGAAAUUGAGGAACAGCGUCGCGCGAUGAAUGAUAUUAGUAGACCGCUUCUAGUUGAAGCCGAAUGGCCUGGUAUGGAGGAUAAAGAGACUGUACAUUCUAAAACACCUUUCAUUGCUAGGGUGUUUAAGAGUCUCUCGGGAAUUUCUUCGUCCGCUGUUCCUGAUCUUGAAAUAACGGUUGAAAACAGUGGAGGGGACAACAGUCCACGGUCGAUUAGGUGUUUGGCUGAACCUAGAGUUGUGAGGAGGAUUAGAAUUGUGGCUGAACAAACUCCGCUUCAACAUAUACUUCAACCACCAACAAUUGCAUCUCUGUUGGCUAUCAUAAUUGGCACAGUACCUCAAUUGAAAGCUUUGUUCUUCGGAUAUGACGCUCCGUUAUCGUUUGUUACCGACAGUUUGGAGAUUCUAGGUGGAGCAAUGGUGCCUUCUGUGAUGCUUAUAUUGGGCGGUAUGCUCGCGGAAGGACCUAAUGAGUCUAGACUUGGACUUAGAACAACAAUUGGGAUUGUUGUGGCAAGACUAUUGGUGCUUCCUGUUAUUGGUAUUGGGAUUGUUGCGUUGUCGAAUAAGCUUAAUUUCUUGGUUGAAAAUGAUGCUAUGUUUAGAUUUGUGCUGUUGUUGCAGUACACAUCACCUAGUGCUAUAUUACUUGGAGCAAUUGCUAGUUUGAGGGGUUAUGCAGUUAGUGAAGCUUCAGCACUUCUGUUCUGGCAGCAUGUGUUUGCCCUUUUCUCACUUUCCUUUUACAUUGUUAUCUACUUCAGAAUAAUUGAUUAUAUCUGAAGUUUUUAUAUGUAUUUUACUACCUUGACAUUUAUUAUGGGGUAGUACAUUAAAGAUUGUUGUAUAAAUUGUUUGUUGUCUAAGGUUGGAUUUGGAGCAACGAUGAAGACAUAAAAUUGUUAACUUUAUUGGUUUGGUAUUUAUGAAGGAUACCAACAAGGUUGUUCCAAUGAUUUUGAACAUCUUUAUGUGGUCAACCAUGUUUGUAUGCUGCCCGGUACUUAGGCUUGUGCUUUUA